AUGUCGGUGGGACAAAUCGAUAGUUCGGUACACAUGCGACAUCAGGUCCGGAUUAGCUAUGUUGCUUUAAUGCUCGUGUAUAUAGCUGUUCAUUGUGUGUGGUCAGAGUAUAACCCAGAUCAGUACUUAUGGGAGAGAGAGUUUAUGCUCGCAGGGCGAAUCGGAUGCAGAGCAGACGCAAAUGAAGCCGCUGUAGUACUUCUUCCUUCAAACAUCACAGUUUUCACACUAGACUUUUCCGGUUCAGGUCUAUCGGACGGAGAUUAUGUCAGCCUUGGUUGGCAUGAGAAAGAGGACCUCAAAUGCGCAGUAUCGUUCCUGCGCACCAACAAGCAAGUUUCCCGUAUAGGCCUUUGGGGGCGAUCGAUGGGUGCUGUUACAAGCCUACUAUAUGGAGCAGAAGAUCCCUCAAUUGCUGGCAUGGUAUUGGAUAGUGCUUUCACCAACUUGUAUGGCUUGAUGUUGGAACUUGUGGAUGUUUACAAAAUUCGAGUUCCUAAAUUCACGGUUAAGAUGGCUGUACAGUACAUGCGACGAACCAUUCAGAAAAGAGCGAAGUUUGACAUAAUGGACCUUAAUGUUGUAAAGCUUGCUCCCAAGACAUUUAUUCCUGCAUUAUUUGGACAUGGUCUGAAUGACAUGUUUAUUCAGCCUCACCACUGUGAUCGUAUUCAUGAAGCAUAUGGGGGGGAUAAAAGUAUGGUAAAAUUUGAGGGUGACCAUAAUUCCCCAAGACCUCAAUCAUACUAUGACUCGGUUUCAAUAUUUUUCUACAACACUCUGCGCCCUCCCCAGUUGCCUGCAUCAGGCUCAAAUAAGCUACAUGUAAAAAUCGGUACCAUGACCAAUGAGAGUUUGUUCUUUGAGAUCAUCAAUGGUCUGAGGGCAGCUAGAACCGAUGCAGGCAGUUCAUCAACAGAUGCACAUGGCUUUCGAAAUGCUACAACUUCGGUAGUCGAAUUACUAUCGGAGAGCGCGAAUCAGUUGUCCAUUAAGAAUGACAGUGACUUGGAUUUCCUCUUAGAUGAGAAUCAUAACCUAUCUGGUGCGGAUGGUGAUAGUGUUGGACUGCAUUUGCAGGAUAAAACCAGUAGGCACAACGAGGAGUCCUGCUCAUACACAAGCUCAAACAGAGAAAGUUGGGGCAGAUGUUCAUCGUUAGGUGCGGCGAGUGAUGGAUCAUUCUCACGCGGCCUUGGUGAUAAGCAUGAGCUAACUCACUCAGAGAAAGGAAGACUCACAGACCUGGUAAUUUGCUCCGCAGAACAUGACGGUAAAUGCUCUGGCCACGCCGCGGAGACACGAACAGAGGAAACUGGCCAAAUCGUCGCCCCCGAAAACGAAGGAGAAGAAGAUCCAUGCCCUGUGGAAGAAGCUCAAGCGCGAGAGGGAGGAGAUGGGGGACAGCCUCUCCCAGCGCCUGAGGAUGUGCCUCGGGCAGUCUCCUCGUCACAGGCGAACCCAAUCGUCAUCUGGACAGCAACUAUAGCUGACACUACACACUGA